AUGGAACAAAAUAAUCAGGCGCGAAUAAUUGCUUCAUCACUGCUCGUAAUCAAAAUGGUUAAGUGGUUAAGUAUUUUGGUGAUUGUGCAAUAUUUUAUAUGCAUUACUGGCUAUAAAAUACUAGUUCUAAGCCCAUUACCAGGGAGAAGUCAUGGCAUUUUAGGGGAGGGUAUAGUUAACCUCUUAUCAAAAGCUGGCCAUGAGGUAACGUAUAUUACAGGAAUACUACCUAGUAAGCCAGAACCUGGAGUCACUAUUAUUGACGUAACAGAAAAUGCAAAGCUUCUUGAGAGUGAUACCCUCAAUUUAAAAACACAAAUGGAUGGUUCUAGCGGGAUUGAAUUCCUUGAGUUUAUCCCCAUGUUUUCGGAAUUGAGUAAGUCUACAAUAGAAAAUCCGAAAGUCCAACGACUGCUGAGCGACAAAAACCAAAAGUUUGAUUUAGUUAUCGUUGAAUGGAUGUUUAUUGAAGUCUAUGCAGGGUUUGCUGGAGUUUUCAACUGCCCAUUUAUUUGGUUUUCAUCAAUGGAACCUCAUUGGAUGAUUUUACAGUUAGUCGACGAAAUACCUAACCCAGCAUACAAUGUUGACAUCAUGUCCAGCAGCUUUCCUCCCCUUUCAUUUAAGGAACGUGUAAUAGAACUUGGUUUAGUUGUUUUUGAAAAACUUCUUCAAGUGUUUUACGUGUCUGGGCUAGAAAAUGAUAUUUACGAGAAACUAUUUGUACCACAUAUUCGUAAUCGCGGAAUUCCUGUUCCAACAUUAGAGGCAUUAAAGUACAAUGCUUCAUUAAUUUUAUGUAACUCUCAUGUGUCAAUGGGUAGUGCAAAACGUUUGCCGCCAAACUUUAUACCUAUAGGAGGCUAUCAUAUUGAUACAGCUGUAAAACAUUUACCUGAGGAUUUAAAAAAAAUAAUGGAUAACGCAAAACAUGGUGUAAUCUACUUCAGCAUGGGAUCAAACUUACGUAGCAAACACUUCCCUGAAGAACUGAGGCAAGACUUAUUGAAAAUGUUUGGCGAAUUAAAACAAACUGUUUUGUGGAAAUUUGAAGAUAACCUGCCAAAUUUGCCUAGCAAUGUUCAUAUCCUACAUUGGGCUCCACAACAAAGCAUUUUAGCUCACAAAAACUGUGUCCUUUUCAUCACUCAUGGAGGCCUUCUCUCGACCACUGAAACAAUACACUAUGGAGUGCCUGUUAUCGGUAUUCCUGUUUUUGGUGACCAGUUUGUAAACAUAGCUAGAGGAGUAAAGAAAGGCUAUGCAAUGAAAGUAGAUUUAUCUUACGAGAUGACUGGGGAUUUGAAGAUUGCUAUUCAAGAAAUCCUUGCUAAUCCUAAGUACACAAAUAAGGUAAAAGAACUGAGUAGGAUCUACCAUGACAGGUCUGUCCAUCCAAGCAAAGACCUGGUGCAUUGGGUAGAGCAUGUAUUGAAGACAGGAGGUGCUCUUCAUUUACGAUCCCCAGCAUUUCUGAUGCCCUGGUACCAGAAGUUGUAUUUAGACCUUGUUAUG